AAAAGAAAAAUCUAUUUUUGCUCCUACACUUGAUUCAUUUAAGUUAAGGAAUACUUACAAUGACACAGUUCAUGUCAUUAAACACGAAAAAUUGACUCAAAUUUAUAAAGGCUCCAUUGUAAGAGGUUGCUAUCAUGGGCUAGGUUUAAUAAUGUGGGUACAAGAAAGUGAAAAGCAAAUAUAUGAAGGGUAUUUUUAUGUAAAUCAGAUACAUGGUUACGGUCGCAUGAUUUAUGGAAAUGGUUUGAUUUUUGAAGUACCAACAAAUAAAUGUUGACAACUUAAAUAUUAAAUUAAUUAUCUGUUCACGAUUAAUUUUAGGGACUAUUUAAAGAUAACAUGCGUUUUGGACCUGGUGUGAUGACAUAUCCUAAUCAGUUUCAAGAAGUAGGUUUUUGGAUAGGGACUCGCAUUUUUCGUCUAACUUAUAAUUUGACAACAAAUUUAGUUCCAUCAUAUAUUUUACCAAAUGUUUCUUCGAAAAUAAAAUCACUUCAAUUCAAACACCUCAUUGAUCUUACCCAACCUCCUCAUUCAAUUAUCAAUAUACGUGAUGAUAAUGAAAAAUAUCUUAAUAUUCAUUAUUUGUAUCCUGCAUACACAAAACAUUUUAGGAGCUUAUUUUUUGAUUCAAUAACAUUUGAUAAAGAAUUUACUUACAAGACCAUAAUAUCGGAGAAUAAUGUACAGCUAAAAAAAGAUAAUCGAUUCAUAUGUGGCUAUGAUUUAGUCAAUUUGAUACAAAAGAACUAUUUAGUAAAUAAAAAUAACAAAGAAACUUCACAGUCAAAUAAUGAGUUUUUAUCGAACUUCAGUUUAAGUAUUGACGAACAAUAUGAAAUUUUAAAUGAUAAAUCGUGGUUCAUUAUUAAUAAUAAAAACGAUAAUAAUCAAUCCAAACAUUUAAAAUCAAAAAAAAAAAAAAAGAAAACGAUCAUCAAGAAAUAAUAUGUAACGACCAUAAUUUUUCAAAAAUGUUAGCAUACAAUAACAACAUUUUAGACAAAAUGAUAUUAGCACAUGCUUAUCAACAGCAAUUUGGUGAAAAGAUCUUACUGUACGAUAUUGACGAUAUUUGGAGUGGAAAACGGAAUAGGUUUAUGUCCUCGAGUAGUCAUGAGUUAGAAGCUGUAAAAUUUUUGACUAAACUAGAUCUAAACCCUGAAAGCAUACAACUUAUUAUCCGAAACUAUAAUAUUGAUUUGGACGUAGCGGAUUCUCGAGGGAAUACUCGUCUCAUGAUUUCUUCUGCCAAUGACCAACAUGAGGUUAUUAAAUGUUUAAUUAAUCUUGGCGCUGAAUUAGAAUGUUACAAUGAUGACGGAUUUACUCCUUUAAACCUAACUAUUAUGCGGUACAUAUGUUUAUUAAAUAAUAUAGAACAUUGGACUGAAUAUUUAAUACCUCACGUCAAUUUAAAAUUUAAUGUUAUAAAAGAAGAUCAACAUAUUACAUUAAAUAACAUACAGAAAAUAAACUUCUUUCAGCCAGAAAAUUUAAAAAACAUGAAGUUUACAGAAAACGAUGAUGAUGUUGAUGAGAUGAAUUCAUCAACAAUUCAAACAGCUACAAAAAAACAAACAUUAUUAGACUUAGCAGAAAAUACAAUACUACUUUUGAUUAAUAUGGGUGCUAAAGCAACAACUUGCACUGUUCCAAAAAUAUCAAUUCAUUUAGCAUUAUUGACUAUAAAUGCUAACAUUUUAAAAGCUGUGUUUGAAGCUGGAGGAUCUCCGACUUAUACUUCAUCUAAUGAGAACUACAAAUUAAAUUUAUUACACAUGGCUGUCAUGAUGCCCACAAACUAUAGCGUUGUUCAGUGUAUUAAAGUUUUAAUAACGCAAUGUGUCAAUCCAAAUUUAAAAGCAUUACCUAUGUUCAGUAUUUUUCGAUAUAAAUUACCAUGGAGUAAAUUAGCAAAUAAAAAUAAUGCUUCCGUGACACCUUUGGACAUUUUUUGCUUAAAAGAAAAUAUAUAUGAAUUCGAUGAAGAAUUAACUGUAGACGAGAAAUCAGAAAAUGAAUUAGCCUCUAUGCUUUACGAUGCUACGAAUAAAAGUCACACUUAUUGUGGUUUUGAACCCAUUGUUUUGGCUAUGUUAACAGGAAAAUUACAUUUGACCAAAAUGUUUUUGGAAAAAAAUAGAUCAGUUGUAAAUAAAAUCAUUUCUGGUUUUGGGACUCUAUUAUCAUUAUUACUUAAUCCAUUUUACAACUUUAAUUUAUCGAAUACAAAACUAAAUAAACUAUUGGAUUUAUUGUUAAAAACAAAUUCAAAUCCUUUAAAGAUUAUUAAAAUUUUCAAUAUGAAAUUCAGAGGCAAUAUUUGUGAAUAUUAUUCCAAUUUAUCGGAAUCAGAAAAGCUGAAUGGAGAAAAACACCCAUCAUACUAUUCAAAUAUCAUUGAAAUAAAGAAAAAAUUAAGAAAUUCCGGUAAAGAAAUUUUAGAUAUAAUUUAUUCGAAAAGAGCUACUAUUGCAUUAAUAAAUGACUAUAGAAAAAAUAUGAGCACACCAUCAUUAUCAGUUGAUGAGAAAAUGGCAAUGUUACUUUGGUUGAAUUUGGGUAAUGCAAUCUUUAAACAUCGUGCAAAAAUAGUGAAGAUGUCGAGUAAUCAGUUAUUUAAGUUUAAAACUGUACAAAAUAAUAAAUUUAAUAUAAAAGAGAAAAUGAAAAAUGAAACGUACAUAUUGUGUUUACAACAUAUAAAAUCAACAACACAUAAUCCAAUUAUUCUCACUAAAGAAGAGAGUCAGGUCUGUUAUGAAUGCUUGCAUCAUCAAUCAAAAGAAAUGGAAGCUUGUUCAAAAUGUUAUUUUGCUCUACUUUGUUCAGAAAGUUGUAAAAAUCAACAUAAUAAAGAAAAUAAUUGUAAAUUACAAUUAAGCGAGGAUUAUAUAAUUCAAAUUCAAAAUGAAUUAAAUAACAACAUAACUGCUACAAAAUCAAAUACAUCUUCUAAAAAUCAUAUUUUUACUGAAAAAUCUACAAUGAUAAGUGAACAAUUGAAAAGCAACGAAUACGUUUCUUUGUCUUUACUAUCAUCACACUCUUUAAAAUCGUUAUCGUUAACUACACAAUCACGGUCAUCGGAUUAUUCAAAAACAUCGGACAACACAUCUUCAGACGAUGCAAGUAAUUACUCUGAACAGUCACAAAAAGAAGUUAAUGGCAAUAAUGGCAUAACACAUUCAAAACAAUACAAAAAAAAGGAAUCAAAAAUUGGGUCAAAGUAUUCUAAGAAUAAUAAAACUUACAAUUCUUUAUCUUCAGAAAUCAAUAAUAGAGUUAGUAUCAGGAGCAGUAGUAACGGUCUAGAUGAUGACAAGAAGAACUAUAUUCAUUCGGAUAUUGAAGUUAUUAUAGAUGAUACAAAAAGUUACACUGCAGAUGAUGACUCUAAUCAAUUUAUGGAGUCUAACCAGUCUAAGAAAUCAAAAAAUAAAGUUAAAAAUACCAAAAAAACCCACUCAAAAAAAUACAAGAAAAGCGAUUUUGAAGUUAGAUCAAACUAUUCUAAAACUAAUAAAAUAGACAGUUCAGUAUCAGUACAGUUUAGUUCAGCAUAUUUACAAAGCACUAAUAGCAAGGUCAGAAUACUAAGUAAUAGUCGUUUAGAUAACGACAAGAAGUAUUUUCAUACGGAUAGUGUGGUUAAACUUCAAAAUAAUAAUGAACGAAAUAAUAGAAAAUCGGGAAAAAAUAUUACAAGAAAUCGAAAAAGAAAGCUUAUUCUUAACAAUAAAGUAAAUAUACCUAUAUCAUCUAUGAAAUAUAGAACUGUUAGAUCACCGGGUUGUUGGAUACCAAUAUUUAUGUUCAUCAACCGUGGCUCUUAUGAAGACGUAACUAUACUAAAAAAUGUAAUAAGCUCUGGAAUGUCAUAUAUUUUAAUGGUUAAAAAAAAUGGACAAGUUUACAACAAUAUCAUUGAUAAUCAAUUUGAAAUAUUAAAUAACUACAGUUUGAUAUAAAAUCACUUUAAUAUAUUUUUGAGAAGCAUGUAUUAAUGUAUUAACAAGUAUGGAAUAGAACUUAAAUAAAUAUAA